AUGCCGGAGACCAAAUUUAUCGGCAGCAGACCGCAAAUCAAAGCACCUGAAGCCGACUAUGAUGAGAAAGCUGAUGAUGCCACCGCUGGCAAGGCUGACAGCCCCCACUUCGAGGGCACUUCCCAUGAUGAUGUAUCGGUACAAUCACAGGUUCCGAAGAAAACUUACUUCCAGAGUCUGGCGUUUUGUUCUGUUGUGGACCAUAGUGUCAGUCUGAGGAAAACAUUUCUUCGGCCUUUCGUCCUGAUGGCUUAUCCAACGGUGAUGUGGUCAUCCAUAGUUUACGGGAUGUCGCUUGGAUGGAACGUGGUUCUUGGUUCAGUUGUUGCCCAACUUUUUGCUCCUCCUCCUUAUCUUUUCAAUUCUGGAGCUCAGGGUCUGGUCUUUAUCUCGCCAUUUAUUGGUUCCUUGGUCGGUACAUAUCUUUGUGGGCCGCUGGCAGAUAACAUCGCCAAUUGGGCAACGAAGAAGAAUCGUGGCAUUCGAGAACCAGAGAUGCGCCUACCGGCAUGUCUCAUCGCAGUCAUCCUGACAUUUUUCGGGGCCCUGGUUGCGUCCUUGACAUAUAACGCACACACCCACUGGGCAGGGCCCAUUGUCGGAUUCGGAAUCCUCUCAGCCGGUGCACAGAUGGGAGCAACGCUUGCCAUGGCUUACUCCCUGGAUUGUCACAAAGAUCUCUCUGGCGAAUUGAUGGUCACUAUUUCCUGCUUGAAGUCACUCAUUGCUUGGAUCUGGACUUGGUUCAUCAAUGACUGGAUUACGUCUGCUGGGGUUGUUGUUGUCUUCAUGACCAUUGCGUCUAUUAAUGUCGGUGUUUACUUGACGACCAUUAUCUUCUACUUCUACGGCAAGUCAUUCAGAAUGUGGAUUCACAGUGCGAACUUGAUGAAGAAGGCGGGACUGGAGUAA